GACUCUGGUGGGCACAUCGGCUGAUCAGUGCAGAUGCACGCAGUUUCGGUUUUGUUGCAUAUCUCUGAUCCACCGAAGACUUUCAACAUGCCUCUUGAUGUUUAUCCAGUUGGAACUCUUUACCUGUCUUAAAAGAUGAAUCAUUCCAUUUACAUGAAAUGCUCUGAUUCAUAGCUGAAGCCUGAAGUCAUUUGUCAAUCAGGCCUUUCAUGAGGUCAAAUUAAGAACUUCAGUUUUUUAUUUCUGUUUUGAAUGCACUGUUAUUAGGAACUAUAUAUUGCAGGCAAUUAGAAUGAUGGCUGUUGACUCUUCUGGACUACAUGUCAUCUACUGGCUUCCAGGAAAAGACAUGAAGACAUGAUUAUGAAACUGAACAUCAUGCUCUUCCUACAGACACCGUAGAACCAUGGCAUCCCAGUCUUAAAACACCUGCAAGAAAGGGGACAGUACUUUUCCAUUAAUAAAGCAAAUACUUCAUCCUGCUCUGAGAACCAACACAAUGGCUGUAUUUCCGAUAGUGUUGUUUCUGGCUGCUGUGCUGCUUCCAUCUUUACCCACAGAAGCAAAGGAUCCAUCCUUUACUGCAUUGUUAACCACUCAAACUCAAAUACAAAAAGAGAUUGUAAAUAAACAUAAUGAAUUAAGGAAAUCCGUUUCUCCACCUGCCAGCAACAUGCUGAAGAUGGAAUGGAACAGAGAAACAGCAGCAAAUGCCCAAAAAUGGGCAAACAAGUGCACUUUAGAACACAGCAAUGCAGAAGACCGAAAAACCAGGGGCAAGACUGUGACUGUGCCAAACCUGUCAGAGCUCCAAGAAUACCAAGCCAUAUGUACAAAAUGUGGUGAGAAUCUCUAUAUGUCAAGUGACCCUGCUUCCUGGUCAAAUGCAAUCCAAAACUGGUAUGAGGAACGCAAUAAUUUUGUCUAUGGUGUAGGACCUAAGAGUUCCAGUUCAGUUGUUGGACAUUACACCCAGCUUGUCUGGUACUCCUCUUUCCACGUUGGAUGUGGAAUUGCCUAUUGUCCCAAUCAAGAAAGUUUAAAAUACUACUAUGUUUGCCAAUAUUGUCCUGCCGGUAACAAUGUGAGUAAAAAGAAUACCCCUUACCAGCAAGGAACACCUUGUGCCAGUUGCCCUGGUAACUGUGAGGAUGGACUAUGCACCAAUAGUUGCGAGUAUGAAGAUCUCCUUAGUAACUGUGAUUCCUUGAAGACAACAGCCGGCUGUGGACAUGAAUUGCUUCAGGAAAAAUGCAAGGCUACUUGCCUGUGUGAAAACAAAAUUUACUGAGAUGCCCAGUGUGCAUUGCAAGACUAAGUGAAGAGGGCUGCAUCAUUUAGUUAAUACAUAUCGCAGGGGAUUUUAGGCAUGUUAGUUACAAAUAUGGUUCCACACAGUAAUGCAUUUUUUUCUCCUGGAUCUUUAUAGAAAUCUCUUUCAUACAGUGAUUUACAAAAGCAGCAUAGUCUAUGAUGACAACUUCGGACUUUGAUAGCAAUUUGGUACUUUAAACUUAAUGAAUUGAAUCAAGUUGAGAAUUUUUGAAAGUUGUAUAAUCAUAGACUUUUGGUCACUGAAAGGGAUCAGAAUGGAGAAGUACGUUUCUUGAAACAUCAUGCAAAAAAAAAAACAAAACUAUAACAUCACUGUCAUUCCUACUACAUGAAUUUUUACUUGAAUAAAGUUUAAAUUCAAAGAUUGA